UUGGCCGGCGGCAGGUUCUCUAGCCAUGCCAAGCUAGCGGUCGCUGGACGGAGCCAAAGUGUAGACCUGGAUGACCACCACAAACCUGAGUUUAGAAGAGUUUUUAGUUCUUCCAUCAUUGAAAAUGGGCAUCAGUCUUCAUCAGGUCAGGCAAAAGUCUCCCAUGAAUUGACCUCUUUUCAUGUAUCAGAGUCUUCCCCUGAAGCCCAUGCCCCUGCAGUCACUUUACAGAUGCCCCACCUUCCCGUUACUGCAGUAACCAGGAUAUCGGAGAAGUUUUCAGGAGAGACCAUCUGUUCAACAGGAACAACUAAUGUGUCUGCUGGCCUGCUAGGACAGAGCAAGAGCAAAAAUGUGAUGGCAGUGAAAACUUCCAACCAGUCAGAGAAUACCACUUCUGUCACUAAGUCUGUCUCAACUGUGAGCUAUGGGACGAGUAGUGGAACCAAAACUGGUGAAAGUGCCACUGACAGUUACUGUGAAUUGACCCCCAGCUCUCACUCCUCUCCUCCUGCUGUACAUCGCCAAGUUGAAAGGAGGCGAGAACUGGUGCGGUCUCAGACACUCCCACGGAUGACUACAGGAACACAGGGCAGGAAAGCACUUUUCGAGAAGUUUGAACACGAUGGUGGGAAAGGAAAAGGAGAAUGCAGAGCUAAGCUGAAGAGGUCGCAGAGUUUUGGGGUUGCCAGCGCUAGCAGCAUUAAACAAAUUCUGUUAGACUGGUGUCGCUCAAAAACCAUAGGAUACAAGCACAUUGAUCUCCAGAACUUCUCCUCAAGCUGGAAUGAUGGGAUGGCAUUCUGUGCUCUUGUGCAUUCUUUCUUUCCUGAAGCUUUUGAUUAUAAUAAGCUUGACCCAGCUAAUCGCAAGCAGAACUUUGAGCUGGCCUUCACCGUGGCUGAGAAAAUGGCUCACUGCGAUCGUCUGAUAGAAGUGGAUGACAUGAUGGUGAUGGGUCACAAGCCAGAUCCCAUGUGUGUCUUCACUUAUGUUCAGUCUCUAUACAAUCAUCUGCGAUGCUUUGAAUAAAACCAUCA